GAGGUUGGCAGAAUUUUUUGAUCAAGGAGUGAUCGAAGGAAAGGCAACUGAUUACCUCAUUGCUUUCACUUGAACCACACGAAAAGGAAAAGCAAAACGAAGGAAAACAAGGCAUUCACAGUACUCGAUUGAAACGGGAACGAACGUGAAAUAUCCACUCAACUCGCUCCGAAAGUAUGGCUGAAGCAAUGUAUGCCACGGAUGAAUACGGGCGACCGUUUAUCAUCAUCAAAGACCAGGGCACUAAGACUAGAAGCCAUGGGAUCGAGGCCAUCAAGUCUCAUAUCCUCGCCGCUCGCACAGUUUCAAAUAUACUCAAGACUUCCUUAGGACCCCGUGGAUUAGAUAAGAUCUUAAUAUCACCCGAUGGAGAUAUCACCGUCACAAAUGAUGGUGCUACCAUUCUCGGUCAAAUGGAAGUGGAACACCAAAUCGCCAAACUGAUGGUACAACUUUCUCAGUCCCAAGACAAUGAGAUUGGGGAUGGUACAACUGGAGUGGUUGUUCUCGCUGGCGCCUUACUAGAGGAGUCAGAGGCCUUACUAGAUCGAGGUAUUCACCCAAUCAGGAUAGCCGAUGGAUUCGAGAAGGCUUGCAACGUGGCCGUUCAAGAGCUUGAUCAAAUCAGUGCCAAAUUAGAGUUCAGUAAAACCGACACAACCCAGUUAGAAAAGGUCGCCGCUACCAGUUUAGGUAGUAAAAUUGUCUCUAAAUCAGGCGAUCUAUUCCCGAAAAUUGCAGUCGAAGCUGUAUUAUCAGUUGCGGACCUCGAACGAAAAGAUGUCGAUUUCGAACUUGUGAAGAUCGAUGGCAAAGUUGGAGGUUCUUUAGAAGAUACCCGCUUGGUCAAGGGUGUUAUAAUCGAUAAAGACAUGUCUCAUCCUCAAAUGCCCCGAAACCUCAAAGAUUGCAAGCUGGCUAUUCUCACCUGUCCAUUCGAGCCACCCCGACCAAAGACAAAACACAAACUUGACAUCACUAAUGCUGAACAAUACAAGAAGCUCAUGGGGUAUGAACAGGAGGUCUUCCUACAAAUGAUCAAGCGACUCAAGGAUUGUGGUGCCAACUUGGUCAUCUGUCAGUGGGGCUUUGACGACGAGGCGAAUCAUCUUCUCCUACAGAACGACCUACCUGCUGUACGAUGGGUCGGUGGACCCGAUAUUGAGUUGAUUGCCAUCGCUACCAAUGGUCGUAUCGUGCCUCGAUUCGAGGAUCUAACUGCUUCUAAGCUCGGGACUGCUGGGGUCGUUCGAGAAAUCGAUUUUGGAACGACAAAGGAGAAGAUGCUGGUAAUCGAGGAAUGUGCCAACUCAAGUGCAGUGACUGUAUUCAUCAGAGGCAGUAAUAAAAUGAUCGUCGAGGAGGCCAAACGAGCUUUACAUGACGCGCUCUGUGUUGUCCGUAAUUUAGUUGUCGAUGAUCGCGUGGUCUAUGGUGGUGGCUCCGCCGAGAUUGCGUGUUCGAUUGCUGUUGCCAAGGCUGCUGAUGAGAUCCCAUCGAUCGAACAAUACGCCAUGCGGGCAUUCUGUUCAGCCUUGGAUGCUGUCCCACUCGCCCUGGCCGAAAACUCAGGACUCUCUCCCAUCGAAACCCUUGCAGAGAUCAAGAGUCGACAGAUUGAAGAGAAGAACCCUAAUCUCGGGAUUGAUUGUGUCGGCUUAGGGACAAAUGACAUGAAAGAUCAGUUCGUUAUCGACCCUCUAAUAUCCAAACGACAGCAAUAUCUGCUCGCUACCCAGCUUGUUCGAGCGGUGCUCAGAAUUGACGAUGUCAUUCACAGUCAUGAUGUUGGAGGGGAAUAUUAACAACAAAAAAAGAAACAUUGCGGUAUAUUCAAUUCAAUUUCAAAUUGGCUUCCAUUAUCACAUAUCAUUCAGCCAUUCCUUUUUUUUUUUUUUUGAGUGUAUACGAUAUGAUGUGUUAGUUUGCUAGAUAUGCCAUCUGUGGCUCAAUUCAACAAAUAAAUAAAUUCAGAUAACAAUCACGUAGACGAUAACUCAUUCAACCUGUCGGUCUGGAUCUUUG